AUGGAGACAGGUGGAUCUAGCAUGCCAUUACCCAUUCAUAUGGGGACAGGUGGAUCUAGUAGCAUGCCAUUACCCAUGCAUAUGGAGACAGGUGGAUCUAGUAGCAUGUCAUUACCCAUGCAUAUGGGGACAGGUUUGUUUGGUUAUUUCAACAAUUGGAGCAUUAACCAGAACAUUAUGAUACUUGAACAUGUUUCUUUCAAUGUCAGAGCUGGGGAUGAGAUCAAAUGCACAAUUGCAGAGUUGCAGCAGUUGAGAGCUGUGCCGGAAAAUAUACCUUUGGAUAUAGUUUUUGAAGAUGAGCAUUUGCUAGUCAUAAAUCAAUCUGCUCACAUGGUUGUGCAUCCAUCACUUGGAAAUACGUCUGGGACACUUGUCAAUGGCAUCCUUCACCACUGCAACCUGCCAAAUGUUGAAUAUUCUAAAGAGGAAGCUCUUUCAGAUCCAGAAGAUUUUGAUGAUGAACUUAAUGGCUUCUCAUCUAAGGCAACUUCUUAUGAAGGGUAGAUUCUAGAUUGUCUUCGCCCAGGGAUUGUACAUAGAUUAGACAAAGGCACGAGUGGGUUGCUAGUUGUGGCCAAGGAUGAACAUUCUCAUAAGAAAUUGUUUGAACAAUUCAAGCUACGCACUAUUAAGAGGGUCUAUGUCAGUCUCAGUGCUGGGGUACCUACUCCAGUUGCUGGGCGUUUUGAGGUUCCGGUUGGUCGGGAUCCUAAUAACCGGCUUCGGAUGACCGUUGUUGCUGGAGCGGUUAAUUCUAUAAAGGCUCGUCAUGCUGCUAGUAGGUGA